GCGCCUCAAUUUCAACAUGAAAUCCCCUGCCCUGUGGAUGGCCAUCGGUGCGAUUCUACUCCUAGGCGGAAGUGUGAACGCAUGGGGUGGACUGUUCAACAGAUUCUCGCCGGAGAUGCUAGCAAACAUGGGCUACGGUAGCCACGGAGGAUCCUUUCGGCCACAAACAUUUCUGCAGAAUGAAAUUCUAGACGAGGAGCAGCAAAGUCCCCGCUACGAACCGGACCCUUGCUAUCCCCGCAUGUGCUCCGCUAACGAAUAUUGCUGUCCAGGGUAUAUCUGCGUAAUCAUGGAUAAUGAUUCACCAAUCUCUGUAAGGGGUACGUGCAUGCCGCUCUAUGGACGAAAGUACGGCGAGCUGUGUCGACACGAUUCCGACUGCGAGUCUGGGCUGAUCUGUGACAUUUCUGCCCUGAGCGGUGCGAGCGUCUGCCGACCGCCAACCAUCGUGGCCAAGCAGUACGGUGAAGAUUGCAUCACUUCCAGUGACUGUGAAAUUACACGAGGAUUGUGCUGUCAGGUGCAGAGAAGACAUCGGCAAGUGCCUCGCAAGGUAUGCUCGUACUUCAAAGAUCCAUUGCUGUGCGUUGGAACGGUUGCUGCCGAUCAGGUGAAACACCAGAUUGAGCAUACUGCGGGUGAGAAGCGCAUCAUCUACAACAAGCACUAAACAACCAAAGCCCAACCA